CACGAACCAAUGAGGGAAGUGAUUAUCCGCCCGGCAAAGGAUGCGAGAAAGCUGGAAAGCCUCGCCAAUCAACUUCCCCAAGUAUCACCAGCCCCGCCUGGGCGGCGGCGCAGGGGGUCAGCCGCAGACACCAGAUUCCAAAAGCAGAGCCUCGCCGUCUGAGUCGAAGCACAAGCUACCUUUGUCCUCAUAUCUGAGCCGCCCGACUCAACGAACGGUAAACGGAUCGAUUCGGCAGAGGUGUAGGUGUGGAUUCCGUGAUCAAGGUCAUGGACGAUUUAGACGAUAGCGGUUCCAUCUUCGAGGGGGGCGACGACAUCAUCACCACCUGGUUGCGUUCCUCGAGAGCACCAAAACAGGCAUAUCCGAGUCCGAGGCUCCAAUCUCGCGUUCCUCGACCCCUCCGCGCGCUUCUCGUCAAGGCCGGCAGGGCUCCCUCGCCCGGGACUUUGGCCGGCACGGAAUCUCUACCCACCCUGACCACAACCACAACCUGCGUUUCCUCCCGCAAUUCCAUCCUGGAUGGCGCGUCCGCAGUUAGGCCGGAGCCGAUCACGAUCGCAGAACGGCUAGCGUUGAACAGGUUGACAAAAGAUUCCAUCUCGGUGCCAGACGUGGAGCGGAUCUUGAAUGAUCUGGAGCCGCUCAACCUGGAUGAUCUUCUCGUUUCCAUGGACAAAGUCGUCGAUGAGUUUCCCACUCUCGCUCCGCACAUGGAGAAGAGAGCCGUCGAAGUCCCGGCAUUCCGUCCACAGGAUCAAGUCGCAAACCCAAACCCAAAGGUGCUUCCGUGGCUUGCCUCUGUUAAUGAACCGGAAGGGUCACGUUCCGUUUCCGAUUCUCCCGAGCCACACUUUUCUUCCCACGCCGAUGAGUUUGUUGGCACAGGCCAUCCAGAGCAAGCCGACGGCCACCCAAAACAAACCGACGGACAUCCAGAACAAGUUGAGAGCCAUCCAGAACAAGCCGACAGCCAUUCAGAGCGAGUUGAGGGCCAACCAGAACGAAGGGACAGCCAUCUAGAACAAGCCGACAACCACCCAGAACAAACGGACAGCCAUCCGGAACAAGCCGACACGCAGCAAGAUCAACUCACAGAAGUGACUCAGGAUCUUGGGCAUCUACAGCUCACCGAGUUCGGCAAACUCGACCCUCAAACCUGUUGCUCGACAAGUGAGCCUAACGGUAUCGACAGCCAAAACAGCUUCUUAUCCACUACGGACUCCCUCGACGAGGACAAUGUAGCCGACAUCGGCUCAUAUGCUGUAGAGAGAUUAUUCGGGCCCGCCAUCGAAGAUACCCUCCAUUGGUCGCAGGUUCAGGGAGCGGUGGAGAAUUUUAUAGACGAGUUGGUUGCUCUCAAACUCGGGACAGAAGGCACAGGCCCCCAGGAAGAUGGAUCCUUUGGAUCGAGCUCUGGUCUGCCGUCCUUGAAAAGAAAAGCGAGCGCUGGCGGCAGUUCACGAUCCCGCCGCCCGAGGAAGGAUGGUGAUGAUGGAGACGAUGAAGACGAUGAAGACACUAGUCGCCGUAACGGCGGCGGAGAGGGACCGCCUGGAAACGGUAAACCAUCGGAUUCCGGGAAAAGUCGCCCGCUGGAGUUCAUGUGCCCCUACCGGCUGAAAGACCCGAUUCGAUUCAACGUCAGGGAGUGGUACGACUGCGCCACGAAGGUGUAUAUUUGCGAAGAGAUGGGAUCAAAACGAAACGAGCUCAACGAGCUACGGCGGCACAUAAAGCAACGUCACUCUGGGCCCGGAAUCCUGUCACAGCCAUACUGCUCAGCAUGCAAGCAACAAUUUCCGAGCCCAACUCUCCUUGAUGAGCAUGCCAGGCGGAGGGCGUGCUCCUACAGAGAACUUCCGUCCAGCACUGACCCGCUGGACGGCCUAAGCCCAGAAGCAGAACGGGCGUUGAGGAGCAAGCAGGGUCGGCAGGGAGACACCGCCAUCAGCCAAUACCGCCAAAUCUGCCAAAUCGCCCUAGGCAAUGCCUCUGAAAUUCCCAGUCCCGGGUACCUCCCCGUCAUCGAGCAUUUUGAACUACACGGCUGGCACAUCAAGUGUUUGCCUCAGCUGCGGGGUGCCUUUCUUCGCAAGCUCCCGUUCCAACUCGGAUCCAUCGUCGAAUCCCUAUUGGAAACGAUACAGAUACACACGGUCGACGUACUAGGCCAAUGCAAUAGCAGCGCUCUCAGUACAGCAGGAUCUUACAAGCGACGGAAAUCCGGCGCGAGGAAAACCGCCGAUACUAGGCAUGUUCCCGAUAGAGAGGAUGCGGCAACUGCGAUGAUACAGCCCUCACGAGCUGCUGAGCAGAUGAGAGUUGCGUCCGGGAUAGCGAUGCGCCGGGAAAGUAACGCUUCAGGGGAUAUGCCGAUCCCGGAACAGCCCAUGCCCAGGCCCGGCUGGUUGUCAACGGAUUAUUUCCCCUCUAUCGACACGCUCCCGCCGCUCUCUCUGUCGGUCACAACGUCGAGUGAUAUCCAGCAGUCAGCAUUACGCCCCGAAACGCCCGCGUUGCCGGUCAUAGAUAACUCGGCAACUUAUUCGAGGCUACCGGAAUCCGGGCCUCCAUCUCUCGCAUCGAAUACCGACUUCCAUUUUUUCACCCCAGCUUGCUCGAAAAUGGCGGCAACGCCCAACCUAUGGCCGGGUGAAGACACAGACGCCAGCAGCCGCAUCGAGGACGCACUGGUCAACUUCGACGUCCUUCUGGCGGCAAAUGGAACGUCCGAGUAUUCUGUCCCAGGUGUUGGGAAAGAACUCGUUGGCCCGCCGCCGGUGAUGUUCGAGCUGGGCUAUGAAGAGAGGCUGAUGCCCUUGGAGCACGUCGAUCAUCAAGGGGCGAGUGAACAGAACAACCCUCAGAUGUGAUUAUUUAUAGCGUCGGUCUGAAUACAAACAGCCCGUUCACUAUCAAUUUUGUAAAUCGUCAUCACAUCUCUCCAGAGCUCACCAGACACGUAGAGCUCAAGUACUGGUUGGUCUUGGUCUUGUGCUCCUAGUAGGGUUAGGGUUCCGUUCACUCCGUGCUU